AUGAGGAGAUGCUUGGAGAGGCAAGAGCGAGAAACUAAUGAAAGAAGGCGUAGACGAGUUGAAGGCAAAAGGGUGCAGAGAGAAGAAGAUCAACAAGUUGACAUAGCACUGGCUUUGCUUGAUAAAGAAAACCAAGGCCGCCACCGUGGUUCACAAGUCUGCCAUGGCCCGAAUGUGGACAGACAUAGGCAUUCUCGGGUCAUGUAUGAUAUUUGCAAUUAUGAUGCAUACUUUGUUCAAAAGUGUGAUGUUGCUGGGCUUUUGGGACUUCUUCCAAAGCAAAAGCUUACAGUUGUUAUACGAAUACUGGCAUAUGGUUUAUCUACUGAUCAGGUGGAUGAGAUUGCCCGAAUGGGGAAGUCCACUACUUUGGAGAGCUUGGUAAGAUUUUUUUAUGCAGUCGAAACUCUGUACACCAAGGACUACUUGCCCGCAAACCUACACCCAAGGACCUCCAAUGGCUUCUACAAAAAGCAGAAGCUCGAGGAUUUCCAAGAAUGA